GACUCAACUCUCCUCCCGCUUUGAGCACCGAGGCAACGACGAAGACUUGAAUCAGGCUAUCGCACUUCACAGGGAAGCGCUGGCCUUGCGCCCGGUCGGUCACAUAGAUCGGUCCAUGUCAUUAAAUAGCCUCGCGAUUCAACUCUCCUCCCGCUUUCAGCACCGAGGCAAUAGAGAAGACCUCGAAGAGUCACGAGAGAACCUAUGCUGUGCAUUGGCUCUGAUGAUGCAACAUGAUCCUUGUCAAUUACUAGUCCAUAGUUCGCUGGCUAGCGUUUGUUUGUCGUUCCAUCGUUCAAGCCUUGGCGAUACUAUCGCAGGUGAAGCACUGAUAGUCUGAAUGCUGCCAUGUAUCAUUUCAAGGCAGCAGCAAAUAUCGUCCCUGGAGGCUUGCUAUCCCGCCUGCGAACAAGCCUGCGUUGGGUUGAUGAAGCUUCUCAACAUUCACAUCCCACUGAACUGGCGGCAUAUGCAACUUCCAUGCAACUUCUGGACGCUUAUAUGUCUACAACAUCUUCAGUAUCGUCUCGUCACAAUAUUAUGAAGGAAUUCCCAAGUACACUUGCCGUUGAUGCUGCAUGCUGUGCUCUUCGUAGUGGUGAUGUGUGUCGCGCUAUCGAGUUGUUGGAACAAGGCAGGACUAUCAUCUGGACCCAGAUGACACGACUCCGCACCCCUCUUGACGGCCUUCAGACUCACGGCGAUCAUGGAGUAGUCCUGAUGAAGAGAUUCAGAGACCUCAGCUCUCUCCUCGACAAACCUCCUGCGAACUAUUCGGAAGGAAACUCGAGAGUCGAUAGAGAAGCAGAGGAAACCCGGUACAGACCUCGUGAUGGGCCUGUUAUCGUGCUCAUCGCAAGCGAGGCGUCGUGCCACGCCAUUAUCAUCCCGCACAAGCAACCUCCGACUAGCAUUCAACUCCCUACCGAUUGGCAGAAACUCGUCAAAUUAGUACUAGCAGUCCGAGAGGCAGUUGAAAAAGAGGCUGGUCCUAAAGGGAACCAAACAGCGCUGAUAAAAGCUUUGAGAGAGUUGUGGAACGAUGUGGUCGGCCCGGUGGUCGAAAGUCUGGGUGGAAUCGCACGACCAGGUUCCCGAAUAUGGUGGUGCCCAACGUCUCUCUUCAAUUUCUUGCCAUUACAUGCUGCUGGCGAGUACAGGGCAAAGGGAAAGUCCCUUUCGCAGCAGUAUAUCUCUUCAUACACUCCAUCGCUCACCGCGCUGAUCAAGGCUCGCAGAAGUCAUGAGAGGUCCUUGGAGGUGCCCUUCGUGGCGAUUGGUCAGGAUUUCCCAGCCGGUGCCUCAUUCACUUUGGAUGCUGUGGAGCCUGAGCUGGAGUUGGUGCGGGGACUUUUGCCCCCUCCCCCUACUGUUUCCUUCUUCAAGGUUACCAGCGUGGAUGCCACGAGAUUGAGAGCAUUGUGUGCGUUGCGGGACAAUACUUGGCUCCAUCUCGCAUGUCACGGGACACAGAAAGUUGACGAACCCUUCAAAUCAGCCUUUCUUAUGCGCGACCAGCCGCUUUCGCUCCUCGAUAUCACGCAAAUGGAUCUGUCUCGGCAUGAAUUUGCGUUUCUUUCAGCCUGUGAGACCGCAGUCGGUAACUUUCAUACGCCCGACGAAGUGAUACACCUAGCGGCUGGCCUGCAAUUUGCCGGGGUUAAUAGCGUAGUGGGGACAAUGUGGAAGGUCACCGAUAGUACGGUGCAGCACUUAGUCAAGGCAUUCUACAAAAACUUAUGCGGAGAUGGUCCAAUGAAUUCCAAACGAGCUGCCUGGGCGCUGCACCGAGCGGUCCAGUCAUUGGCGAGUGACGAGAACAUCACAAUGCCCUUGGACCAGCGCAUAGUGUUCGUGCAUAUUGGCAUAUGAUCGAUUCCCAUCCAGUCAUAGCCACGAACGUGUGAAUUGCCAAGGAGUUCGAUAUUGCAGACUUUGAGACUGUAUACCUACAGAAUAUGUACACCUAAGUUUGACUUCAAUUUUUAUUUUCCACUUUGUUGCCUCGCCGAAGCUAACUGAUCUGAAAAUGUAUACCCAAUUUGUAUUUUCCAGUUUGUUGCCUUGGGGCCAGAGUUGCGCCAGAUGUUAUCGCCCCUAAGAUCCGCUCAGGCUGAUGAAUUACGGGUAAGUUGCACGACACAUGACACCUCAUGUGGCAAAACACAAUUUGCUAUGGACGUGAUAGUCAAGUGUCUGAAUUGCAUGAGGGCGUUGAAUUUACUCCCACCCAUUAUGCAGCACCGAAAUGCGAUAUUUAUACCAAUGACCUUGAACCUGGCAGUAUGAUAG